UUUCUCGCCCAAUAAAAAUAGGGCAUGCUAUGGAAUCUUUCGUAAGAAAACCAAGCCUGAUAAAAGGUUAUUGACUCUCUCUCUCUCUCCACGGGUGUUGUCUGAUCAGUGGUGGAAUUGUCCCAGCAUUGUGCAGAUACAUGAGGUGAAUUCAUUCCCGAGUUUGUGUAUUAGUCCGAAUAUGUUCUGAACAGAUUUGAACCUUGAAUCCUCCACUUUUUUUUUCCCACUGGAAAAACUCAUGGCUGACAAAAAUACCCCCUUUAAGAGGUUCCAUUAAUGCUGCAGACAUGUGAACAGCACAGACAACCCGCGAAAGAGCAGUGCAACCGGUAACACCUGCCGACCCAUGGGCCUGAAAUAUUUUCCUCGAAAUGAAUCAGUUCCCUUAUGUCUGUCCCUGCCAGCUUGUUAAACUGGGCACUUGCUGAGUAUUUUGUAACUUUUUUCCUUCAUGUCUUUUGUACUAAUUUCGCAAAUCACCUUAAAGUAGAAUCCUUUGGUUCCAGAUCCUUAUGGAAACCGUUUCGCACCGUGCAGACCCUAAUCAUGUUGAACGUGCCUUCUUUCAAAGUCCAGGGAGAACGGCCCCAACUUUUCCAGGACAAUAAAGAUAACUUGUUUGCAACAACCACAUCCUUUAGCAAAGCGGCAGCCUAGUAAUUCGUCCAGUUCGCCUAUGAAUGAGGAAAAUUAAUUUCAGCAAACUUUCUAUGUGUUCAACUUUCGCCUGCUUCCCUGUGUCCUGAUUUUUCGUCGGCUCAAUUUGUAAAUAUAAUCUUUUCCUUUAAUUCCGCUGUUCGGAGCAGGUGCUGGAAAUCUAUAAAAUGCGGAAAAGGUUGGAUGGGGAUCGGUUGGCCAAUCGUCGAAAAGGAUCGCUGCAGGCAGAGCAGAAUUAGAACUUCCUCUGUCGGUGUCAGCUCCCUUUACAACCCGUGUUCUAUUGUUACUUUUCUGCUGCCAUGGAAUUGGUUUGGAUGGUGCUGGCGAUGAUCGCCUUUUACUUUGGGUUCUUGCACCGCUGCACGGGGUUUCGGACCAGACCGGUGAUCCGGGAAAAGGGCAAAGUGGACGGGCUGUACGGUUACGGUGUACAGGACGUGCUAUCCCUUCGUAUAUCUGGCCUUGCACUGAGAAUAUCCACACACCUAUUGAAUACAAUCUUUGGACAACUGGUUUUAAUUCCACUGCUCAUGAGAAUGGUAAAUCUCACUUCACUACGACGUAUAGUUAUUCCAGAAGAUCCCAUAUUCAUUCCAGUUGUUAACCCUGAGAGCAGCAAUAAGCCACCAAAAGACGACAGCAAUGACGGUAUUCUGAAUGAGCUCCUGCAGCUGAGUGUUUCGGAAGAGAAGCAUGGAUUCAACUUCAAAAGCAUUUCUGAUUUCAUCCAAGCGUACAAGUCAGGUAAAAUUACUCCAACCCAAGUAGCUAAGAAUGUGAUCAGAGCUCUGGAAGAUGCCGAUCAAACAACUGCCCCAUUGCGAGCUAUUGUGCAGUAUGAGAGUCACCUGAUAAUGAAGAUGGCAGAAGCCUCCACUGCUCGGUAUGGAGCCAAUGCACCUCUUUCCCCACUGGAUGGAAUUCCUGUGUGCAUUAAAGAGGAACUGAAAGUUGUUCCGUACUAUCAUAGGGUGGGAACUGUUUAUCUUGGCGAGGAGCAAGAAACUGAAGAUGCCACAGUUGCCAGAAAGUUACGAGAGGCUGGAGCAAUUAUUAUUGGUGUUUCCAAUAUGCACGAGCUUGGACUGGGAGUAACUGGCUGUAAUGUCAACAGGUAUCACGGUGUUCCUAGGAACCCGUACAACCCUCAGCAUUUCACAGGAGGAAGUUCCAGUGGUUCGGCAGCAGCUGUAGCAGCAGGUCUCUGUGCGCUGGCGGUCGGGAGUGAUGGAGGAGGGUCAGUAAGAAUCCCAGCAUCAUUUUGUGGAGUGGUAGGAUUGAAAGUCACUUUUGGGCGAAUCAGUCCCUAUGGGUCUUAUCCUCUUUCUUAUUCUACCGUUAGUUUGGGUCCAUUUUGUACUUCUGUAAAAGAUGCCGCCAUGGCCUAUGCAAUUCUGGCUGGCCCAGACCCUAAUUACUCAUACAGUCUGAAUCAGCCGCCAUUGAAUUUCAAUGAUAUUGCACAUCCUGAUCUACAGAAUGUAAGAGUUGGAAUAGAUUGGAAGUUCUUCACGGACUGUGAAUCUGAAGUUUUAAACGCUUGCCAGAGAGCGGUACAGCACUUAAUGAGUUUGGGUGCAACAGUAGUAGACUUGCACAUUCCAGAGUUGGAGGAAGCACAGACUGCACACCUUAUAUGUAUUCUGAGUGAGAUUCGAGAGUUUUUGAACAUGGAUUUUAAUAACCAAUACGACAAAAUGAAUCUAGAUACUCGUGCAACUUUAGCUCUUGCAUCAAAAUUCACAAGUUCUGACUACAUUCAGGCUUGUCGUCAACGAGCACGGGCUAUGCAUUUUCUGAAAGAAAUUUUCAAAGAUGUGCAAUGCAUCAUUACGCCAGCAAUACCCAGCACUGCUCCACCUACUAAAUCCUCUGACUUCAGUUAUGGUUCCAGUGAUCUCCAUAUCCUUUACAGCACAAUAAGAUUCAUGCAGCUUGCAAAUCUCACGGGAAUUCCCUCUCUCGUGGUUCCUGUUGGGUACAGCUCCUCUGGUCUACCCAUUAGUCUUCAGAUUAUGAGUAAAUGGUGGGACGAAGCAAUUCUUUUCCGGAUUGGAUUGAAGGUGGAACAGUUCCGUGCUGAAACUAAGAAACCUCAGAUUUACUACGAUCUUCUGUAACAAAGCAUGAAAUACAAGAUGGUCUUUGUUUUGCAGUUUGGAGCCAAUUCUCCCUAUGUACUCUUUUUAAAAAAAAUCAAUCAAGCCAUAUACUGUUUAUUUAAAGCCUAUCUAUUUAUGCUGUCACAUGAUUACCCACUGUUGUGUCUCCAGUUUAUUUGUCCCAAUACACUUGUUGGAUUGCAUAAGAGCAUCAGUGCAAGAAUAAAGAUGAGUUAGCUGAAGCAUAGCUGAUAAACCAUUGAUUUUGCCGAUUACCUCUUGUCAGAGUCGUACAGCAUGGAAACAAUUGCUUUGGCCCCUGUCCAUGUUGAUGGAGGAGCCGACCAGAAUUAGUUCCAUUUCUCCAUGCCCUUAUCCCCCUUAAAUCUUUCUUGCCCAGAUGCCUUUGGAAGGUUGUAAUUGUGCCCAUCUCUACCACUUCUUCCAGUAACAUAUAUCCACCACCCUCUAUGUGAAAAACACACCUCUUGGGUCCCCUUUAAAUGAGACUGUAAGACAUGGGAGCAGAAUUAGGCCAUUCGGCCCAUCAUGUCUGCUUUGUCAUUCAAUCAUGGCUGAUUUAUUUUUACCCUCGAUCUCAUUGUUCUGUCUGCUCCCUAGAACUUUUGAUACCCUUACUAAUCAAGAUCUUAGCAACUUCUCCUUUAAAUAUACCCAGUGACUUGUGGCAAUGAAUUCUACAGAUUCACCACCCUCCCCUCUGGUUAAAGAAAUUUCUGUUUAUCUCUGUGUUCUAAAGGGACAUUCCUCCAGUCUGAGCUGUGCCUUUUGGGCCUAGACUCUCCCACGUUUGAAAACAUCCUCUCCACAUCCACUCUAUCUAGGCCUCUCAAUAUUUGGUAGGUUUCAGUAAGAUUUCCUUCAUGCCCCCCCCCCCCAAUUAUUCUAAUAAACUCCGGCAAGUACAGCUCAGAAUCAUGGUCAGAUUUUAACACUUUUAUUCCCUGGAUCAUUCUGGUGAACCUUGAGGGAUCUUUCCCCUGCUAACCUAAAUUGAUGCCCUCUCUAGCUUCAGAUUUCCUGACCUGAGAACAAAGAUUGUUACUACCAUCUUUUCCAUGUUACCGAUAACUUUUUCAACUUCCUAUGAGGUAACUGCUUGGUUCCUUUCAGCAGGGAAAGUAGCCCAGUUGAGUCUAUUGUUAACAGCACAAAUACUGUGAUGUCUAGGUAUAACAAUGAUGCAGCAAGCAAGUUUUUCAGGCACAUAGUUACAGUUAGCACUAUAAAUUAUACAAGACAGUGAAGAUAGUGCUAAACCUGGGUAUUAAUGCUAGAAAAACACUUAUCAGAGACCAGUCUGUUGUAGUGCAAUAGAUAGCCUGUGGUGUUCCAACACUUGAGUAGGAUUGGGUUUGUGAGGAUCGGUUCAAGAAUCUGAUGGUUGUAGGAAGGUAGCUAUUCCUGAACCGGAUUAUGUGGGACUUCAGCAUAUUGUCACUCAGCCCAUCAGUCCCAGCGACAUCCUUGUGAAUCUUCUCUGCCCCUUCCUACUGAGAAAAUCUGUUUAGUUAUUGAGAAAAUGUAUUAUGUUUAUGUAUGUAUAACAAAUGUUUGUGGAGUGUGUGGCAAGCGCAGUGUUCAAUAGACAAAAACUCUUGAUAUUGGGAACCCAAUUCUAACCUUGAAACUCAAUUUUCCUGAACUUCUGGCCCCAGUAUUGCCUCUUAUUGUUUACUGCUAGUUAUUAAACACCACAGGCAUUAAAUCAGGAAAUUAGAGUUUUUUGUGGCCACUGGUACUAUUUAUUAUUUCCUAAAUGAAAGACCUAAAGAUGUGAAGUACUUGCACAUCAAAAUUUUCAGAUUCUGAUGAUGGAUGUACUCUUACUUUAAGUUGUUUUAAGAUAAAGUUUACAAUUUUAAACAAUUUUUUAAUUUUAUCGUACAAUAUUCCUAAGGGCAGAUCUUUCUGUUUUGGCAAGGCUGGAAGAUAAUAUAGGUUCAACCACCCACCUUUAACUUUCUCAACCUAGACAGUUCACCUUUCUACCGAAAAUCCAAAAAAAAAUGGCAGACACAGAAAAUCUGAAAUAAAAACAGAAGAUGCUGUAAAUACACAGCAGCUGAAGCAGUACUUGUGGAAAGAGAAAUUGUUUCAGAUCUUAGAACUUUCAGCAGCUGGGAGGAAAAGAAACCCAAAUACAUCCAGGUACCAAAGAAAAUUCAAAGCAAGUAUUAAAGUUAAUGGAGUUAAGAUCCUUUUGUCUUGUGUAAUGCAUUGCUUCUAUUGCAAAGUCUACGUCUGAUGUGCCUGCAGGCCAGAAUAUACACUUGGCCCUCAUCUGCAAGGGAUUGGUUUCGGGGUCCCCCGCAGAUACCAAAAAACGCGGAUGCUCACGUCCCUUAUAUAAAAUGGCGUAGUAUUUACAUAUAACCUAUGCACAUCUUCCGGUAUACUUUAAAUCAUCUCUAGAUUACUUAUAAUACCUAAUACAAUGUAAACGCUAUGUAAAUAGUUGUUAUACUGUAUUGUUUAGGGAAUAAUUACAAGAAAAAGAAGUCUGUACACGAGAUCCGAGGCGAACAAUGCUUAAACAACGAGUGCUGGAGAGAGAACUGGGGUUUCCCACUCCGCAGUUGGUUGAAUCCGCGCAUGCGGAACCCGCGGAUAAGGAGGGCCGACUGUACAAAUCAAAGAAUAAGGGGAAAGAGAAAGCAGAAGAAAAGUGAGUUAUCUAAGUUUAGAGAAUUUGAUAUAGAGCCCCUGACAAAAUAUGCGGUAUUGUUUCUAGAACUGAUGGCAGGCGUUUUGCAGCUUCCAGGGUUUAUUAGACCCCUGCCCAAGCUUAAGGAACACAUCUCAUCUUUCAUCUAGGCGCACUGCAGCCUGAGGGACUCAGCGUCCAAUCUUCCAAAUUUUAGAUAACGCAUGCUUUUUUUUCUUGUUUGAAUCAUGACUGUUCAUUUUUUUUGUUUGGACCUUUUUUUGCCCCCCCCCCCCCCCCCCCCGUUGUACAGCGUAUGUCAGUAGACCGUACUUCUGAACACCAGCAACCCAUUGCACAGACCUUAACAGCCUCAUUAUUUUACCUUUGUGACACGCAGACACAUUGACUCUUCAGCUACCCACACAAACUAGUCUAUCGCUUAGUUCUGAUAAAGGGUGUUGGAUCUAAAGCAUUAAUUGCUUCUCCUUCUACAGAUGAUGAGUGUUUCCAGCAUUUUCUGUUUUAUUCAUUUUUACAGGUGUGUAUAACAAGUCAUUCCAUUCGUGCAUUGAUGUCGAAAGUACAAGUGAAUAUUACUUAAGAAUGUAGGCUGAUAUUAAAUGAUUUGAAUUAAAAUAUCCUAUAUUGUACUUGUAAUGUUUGAUGUAUUCUAUCUACUACUUCAUAUUGUGAUUUACUUAAAAUGGAAUGUUAAUACUGAAUAUAAUUUAGCACUGGUGACUGUGAAAUAUGUUCAUUUAAAUUUUAAAAAAUUUACUAUCAGAUUAUUAAGGUUUUAUCUCUUGCCUUGUCAAAUCAUAGAGAUUUUUUAAAUGUUUUAGCAUUCCCACGCUGGAAUUUGUUUGAGAAUAAAAAACAUAUAAUUUAAUGAAUUUUCUGGAGUAGAUUCCUUGAAUGUAGUGCAGUGUAUUUUGCCCCUGACUAUGAAACGGAGAAUUGAGGCCAGUCUCUUCACAUUGAGUCUAAACUGGUCGCAACUCUCUUGAACUGCUUCCGCCCUCCCCCAAGCCUGGAAGUCUCCCACCGUGUAUCAAAAUAGGUUUGUUCUUCGAGUUAAAAAUUUGAUCCUUUAUUGAGGAAGAGUUCACCUACAAAAACAUUUUUUUUUACUAAGAGCAUCUUGCAGCUCUCCAUUGUACUGAAAUAAGCUGCAGAGGGUUGUAAAUAUAGUUGGCUCCAUCUUGGGUACUAGCCUAUGGAGUACCCAGGACAUCUUUAAGGAGCGGUGUCUCAGAAAGGCAGCGUCCAUUAUUAAGGACCUCCAGCAACCAGGUCAUGCCCUUUUCUCACUGUUACUGUCAGAUAGGAGAUACAGAAGCCUGAAGACACACACUCAGCGAUUCAGGAACAGCUUCUUCCCUUCUGUCAUCUGAUUCCUAAAUGGGCAUUGAAGCUUUGGACACUACCUCACUUCUUCUGGUUUUUUUUUUGCAUGAUUUUUAAUCUAUUCAAUAUACGUAUACUGCAAUUGAUUUACUUAGUAUUAUUUUAUUUUUAUUUUUUCUUCUAUACUAUUUAUUGCAAUGAACUGCUGCUAAGUUAACACAUUUCAUGACACAUGCUGGUGAUAAUAAACCUGAUUCUGAUACAUUAAAUAUGCCAGCUAAUUUGAUUUGAAUUGUACACUGCCCCUUUGAAAUAUUUGCCAACUUCCAACCAAUGGCUCCACUAGUCAGUAGUCUGUGAGUUUCUACGGGAAUUGUGCAUGAUCUUGCAAUAGUAUAUUUUAAAAUGCUGGCUUCUGAUUUUUAUAUAUAGCAUCUAUUUUGUACUGGAGUUGAUCAUCAUAACAAAAGGUCACACUUUGAAUUCAUUAAUAGAUUUAACUAGUAGUAAUAAAGGGACUAGGUCUCAUUAAAUUAUAAACAUAAGGAUUGUGCCUAUUCACAUUUGCCAUUAUUUGUUUUUUUUUUCAUAUUUGAAGUGCCUUCAUAUAAAAUGAUUUUGAUUCUCAUUGAUACCGUACUUUGGAGGGAAAUAAUUGCCUUUGACCUCUUACAGGUUCCUGGGGAUCACCCUUCACACUGCAUUCCUUUCUGGUGACAUCAGAGCUAUUAUCAAAUUUAUUUUUACCUCCAACAUAUUCCAUGACCUUGGGGGAAAAAAAAUGACCACUUUGCAGGCAAACAUCAGGUCUGCAUGAUCAUGAAGGAGAUGACUCUAGUGUUGCUGCUGAACGUGGUUAAUGUUUUAAGAACUGGGGGAAGUAAGAAAACAAGUUAAAGGUUCCACAACUGGUGAAAUCUUUGAAUGACUUAGAAUGGAAAAUUUGUGAGUAUAUUGCUGCAUAUAUUCCUCAUGGCACAUUUUCAAGGUUGUCAAGAGACCUCACUGGUGGAAGUUCACCUCGCCCUGUUUAGUAAGGCAUGCUGAUCGUGUAAGAGGUUGACAAUGACCCUGUUGUAAGUUGUGAUGGACAGGCAUAGCUGUGUUAUCUUGGGAGGGGAGAGUAAAGAACAGCAUUACCUCAUUGCCCAGUGAUAACUGUACCUUUCCUUGGCUCUGUGUCCUUUGCGAUGGUGAGUUUGCCAUGUCACUCCCCACACAUUAUUGCUAACUUAAUGAUCCUUCCUAAACUGCACUUCAUCCUCUGUUUGUCAAAGAGGCCCUGUUUCUUAUAUUCCUGUCUCGGCUCUUAAAGGGAGACUUGCUGCAUGCCUUCGAUACCCUAAAUUGCAAAUUAAUGCAAGUUUGCGUUGUAUUAUUUUAAAAUGAAAAACUAUCUGCUGAAGAAACUGGGCAAGUCGGGCAACGUCUGUAGGAGGAGAGGAACUGUCAAUAUGUUGAGUGAGAGUGGAAAGGUGAGAUGGCCAAUCCAAAGAGAAAGUCUGAGAAGGGGUGUGAGAUGACAGCUAGGUUAUGCCACAUAACUAUCAGUUUCUAUGAAUAAAAAAUGAGAGCAGGAAUUUGGCCCUUUUUUGAGUUUUCCCUGCCAAGACUGUGGCUGAUGUUUUUUUUUCUACUACAAUGUCAAUUUCCUGCCUGUUCUUUGAUAUCUAGAUCCCCUUAAGACCCAGAAAUCAAUUCUCAUCCGAAAGGCAAACCAGAAUUACCACCAUUACCACUGACACAUACAGUAGGAUGUGAAAUUAGUUCUGCAGCAACAACAUUUAUUGCACAGAUUUACUUUAAGGGUAAUGAAACAAAAGUACCAGAUAUGUAGAUUGUUAAAAUUGAAGGUGGGAGAUUGUAUAACUUAAGUCUUGAGAGAAAUAUCUUCUUAAGAUGUCCCAUUAUUUUUAACAUUACCUGUAUUCCAUGUUGAUGUAAAGAUCUUAGCUAAAGUUUUGGCUCAUAGAUUAGAAACCGUCAUUCCCUCCAUUAUCUCUGAUGACCAAACAGGCUUUAUUAAAAACCGUUUCCCUUUUUUUAACAUUCAGUGUUUAUUUAAUAUCUUAUACUCACCUCCAACUGGGAUUCCUGAAUGUGUUAUUUCCCUCGACGCGGAGAAAGCAUUUGAUCGUAUAGAGUAGAACUACCUUUUUGCAGUUUUAGAAAAAUUUGACCUCAGCCAAAGUUUCAUCUCUUGGAUCCAAUUGCUGUACCUGUGUCCUACUGCCUCUGUUUUAACUAAUUUUCAGAAAUCCCAAGUAUUUAAUCUCAAACAUGGCACCCGUCAGGGAUACCCCUUAAGUCCCUUUCUCUUUGAUUUGGCUAUGGAACCUCUGGCGAUAGCAUUUUGAAACUGCCCUGAAUUGACUGGGACUUGGAGAGGGGGUGUUGCGCAUAAAGUUUCUCUCUAUGCUGAUGACUUAUUACUCUUUCUCUCAAAUCCGUCUACAUCCUUACCUCUAAUGUUUUCACUUCUUGACCAGUUUAGCCAGAUCUCUGGCUAUAAACUUAAUUUACAUAAGAGUGAACUUCUCCCAAUUAAUAAAGAAGCACAAGAACUAACAUUUCAUGAUCUCCCUUUUAAAGUAGUCCAUAAUCAAUUUACUUAUCUUGGAAUUACAGUCACAAGGAAGUUUAAAGAUCUCUUUCGUGAAAACUUUGCCAAUCUUUCAUAUGCUAUAAAACAGAGUCUGGUACAAUGGUCACCUCUAUCUAUGUCUUUGGUAGGUCGUAUUAAUGUUGUUAAAAUGUAUGUUCUUCCCAAAUUUUUAGACCUAUUUCAAUCUAUCCCAAUUUUUAUUCCCAAAUCUUUUUUUGAUUCCUUAGACUCUAUUAUUUUGUCAUAUCUGUGGCAGAAUAAGCGCUCUAGAAUUAAUAAAAUCCAUCUCCAAAAAUCUAAAAAAGAGGGUGGCAUGGCUUUACCUAACUUUCGUUUAUAUUAUUGGGCAGCUAAUAUACGUUGUGCUACCUUCUGGUCUUUCUUCCAUGGCCAACCCGAGUGCCCUAACUGGGUGGCGAUGGAGCUGAGCUCCACUAAAGAAUUAUCUAUCUCUUCACUUCUUGGCUCUGCACUCCCUAGUAGUCUGCCCAGAUCAAUAGCUAAUCCUCUUGUUAGACACACUCUGCGUAUAUGGGCUCAGUUCAGGAAAUGCUAUGGUUUCCAGGGGUUUUCCGUUUCCAGCCCUAUUGCUCAUAAUCACCUUUUUUUACCUACUACAUAUGGUUCAGCAUUCCAGGUUUGGUAUAGGAAGGACAUUAGACAUUUUGAAGAUCUUUUCAUUAAUAAUCGCUUCGCUUCUUUUCAGCAGCUCUCUGUUAAGUUCAAUCUGCCCAAUGCUCAGUUUUUUCAGAUAUCUCCAAAUCCGACACUUUAUUGCUCCUUUAAUUCCUAACUUUCCUGAAAUGCCUGCGAAAAAUGCUAUGGACCUAUUUUUUUCCAUGAAUCCACUAGGUAAAGGCUUAAUAUCAAUCAUCCGAGAUAAACUAGCAGCCUUAUGACGGGCCCCUAUGGAUAAAAUCAAAAUGGCCUGGGAGCAGGAUUUAAAUAUCUCCUUAUCUGAGAAGAGCUGGGAUUCAGUUCUCAAAUCGGUUAACUCAACCUCUCUUUGUGCUCGCCACUGCCUUUUACAGUUUAAGAUUGUUCAUAGAGCCCAUUUGUCUAAAUCUAAACUAUCUCGAUUCUACCCUAGCGUUAGUCUGCUCUGUGAUAAAUGCAAGAGGGGCGUGGCCUCUCUCAUCCAUAUGUACUGGUUCUGUCCUAGCUUGGAGAAAUUCUGGAAAGAUGUCUUCACUACGUUAUCGUGUAUUCUGAAUCAGCACCUAGAACCAAACCCCUUUAUUGCUCUGUUCGGUUUUUGGGGCGAGACAGAUUUAUGUCUGGGUCUGACCAAAUGCCGAAUAUUAUCCUUUGCCUCUCUCCUGGCUAGACGCUUGAUCCUCCUUAAAUGGAGAGAUGUUGCCCCGCCCACUCAAGUUCAAUGGCUGAAUGACAUCAUGGCCUGUUUGGACCUCAAAAAUUCAUUAUUCAGUUCUUAAUUCGGAUCUAAAGUUCCAUAAGGUCUGGGGACCUUUUAUCGAGUACUUUCAUAACCUUCCUCUUGACUAGGGUUUUUUUUUCUUUUCGGUCCCUUGCUUUCAGCUCCUUUUUUUUCUGGUAGAAGGCAUUAUUAUCCUCUGUUGCUGAGUGUAUUCACAGUCUGGGAUCUUGGCUGUCCUGACUUAUACUCUCUAUAUUGUGUUGUGGUUGGUCUGGAGUUGCUGUUGUUUUUUUCUUGUGUUGUGGGGCUUGGGGAGGACACUAAGCUUACUUGUCUUUAAUUCAGGUGCUUUUUUUUGGCUAAAUUCUCUUCCUUUGUAGCAUAUUGUUAUUGUAUGCUUAAUUUUGCACUGUUUUAAUAUUCCUCAUUGGGAUUUGGGGUUUUUAAUUUGUAAAAUGUUUUGAAAAACUAAUAAAAAAAAACAUUACCUGUA